AUGGCGGGCCCACCUCCAUCGAGGAACACGGUGCCCCGCAUCGCUCCCGCGUCAGUCACUCAAGAUCCCCGCCUGCCGUGGUCUCCUCGCAACAACGGACCUCCGCCCUCGGCACCGGCCUCGUCCAAUGCGCAGCUCGAAGUUACACACGAGGCCCUGAUGGCGGCGCUCACGGCGAAUGCAAGCAUGCAGUUCCGCCUGCAGCAGCUCGAGCAGGGCAUGGUCAUGGUCCAGCACCUUCUCGGUCAGCACGACACCGCCCUCAACGAGUCGAGAGCAUCGACCGAGCAGGUCAGGCAACGCGUUGCAGCUCACGAGGAAAACAUUCGCAGGACCAACUCUGCAACCCAAUACCUCGAGACACAGGCUCGAGCGUACCGACAGAAGCUCGACACGCAGGUCAAUGCCAGGCUCGAUGCCUUCGAGGCCAGGAUCAACGGUCUGCCGCAGGAGUUCAACAAGUUGCUCGAGGAGCGGAUCGAGGCGCAGGACAAGGUCCAUGGUGCGAAGAUUACGCAGCUGAUGACCGAGAACGCCAAGCUCACAAAGCUGCUGGACCAUUACCAGCUGAUGUUUCAGGAGUCCGAGAAGCGCGGCUUUGAGCGCAUUGUCCAGCUCGAGGAAGGGAUGCGAAAGGCCCUGGUGCAAGGCCACGGCUCCAUCGCGAUCCGGCUCGAGAGGAUCGGUGGCUCGAUCAUCAUCGGCAACCCUGGCGAGAACGACGAGCCGGUCGAGUCUGAGCUCGCUUCAGGCGCCUCGAUCUCUCUCAAGUUCGCCGACCAGCCCCGCAGCGAACCACGAUCCGCCAGCGAAUACGCACCGGUCACGUCGUCUGACCGUCAGGCCGAGGAAGAAGCCGUCCCUUCGCUCACGGAGCCAAGAUCGGGCGACGCUCAGCAAGCAGUCUCGUGCGUCUCGGAUACGACGCGGACUGACGGUGACGCUCAGCAAGCGGCACAGAGGCCUGCGCCUGCGCUCGACGCCGAGGAGGCCCAUGGCGAUGGCUCGCACCAAGCGCGCACAAUCAGAAGCUCCACAGCAGACUCGGACGAACCCCUCCAAGCUCGUCAGUUGAGGCGCUGCACGAGCGAGCUGACCGAUCUGAGCACACCAGCAGAUUCCCAGGACGCACGCUCCACGCCUGGGACCAGCGCUCAAGAUCACAUCGUCGACACCGAGGGAAGCGUCUGGAGUAUCUCGCGAGAAAGCAGCGCUCAUCUGCAGUCUUCACAACGGGCUGCGAGCCGAGCAGGCUCGACCCAUAGCAACAGCAACGUAGAACUACCGUGCGAGCCAGCAGCGGCAGAUAGUCAACGUCAAGAAGAUGUCAACCUCAAACCUGAGCCGGAGGUCGCGGCCACGGUCGCGGUCGACAGGCGACCUGAGGCUACAGGCGAUGAACAGCCUCAAGAGGUGCUGCCGACAAACGCGGCCGGUCUCCCGGAAGCGCCUCGACAGCAGAGACCUCGGAGUGACUCGGCUGGCUCCGUCGUCUUUGUCAGGGCAGAGAUGAAGGCGGCAGGCAAGCGGGCUCCCGAGCAAGUCACGACAAUCAAGCGAGAGACCGUCACCGAUGCAGCUGAAAGCCCAGCGAUGCCGCCGGUGCCACCGCCACCGCCACCGCCACCGCCACCGCCACCGCCACCGCAGCAGCUGCCGUCAGCUGAACAGUCGUCGAACGGUUCAGCCUCGGACGAUGCAGCAGCUGACUGCUCAGCUCCGACACCAGCGGCAGACGGACAAGAGGCGAGCGGCCACCAGGUGACCGCUGGACCAAGAUCGACGACGGAAGCUUCUGCUGUUGGACCGUCGGAGAGUCGCGAUGCGAACGGCGCAUCAUCCUCAGCAAGCACAGAGACGGUGUCCAUAAGACGCCCGCUGACAAAAGACCUCGAGACCUACUGUCCCCUCAUAAAGGUGCUGUUGCGCUUCAAGCAGGGAAAGGAGCGAACGCCGCUUCGUUCCAAGGUUGUCCCCCUACUGCAGCAGGCCGACUCCCUCAUCUGGCAGCGGGCUCGAGCCACUCGUUGGUCCGACUACGCUGUAGCCGCACAGAACGCCGGUAUCAUCCAGCUUGGCACGGCAGGACCCUCGGGGUCGGAGUGGGUGGCACUUGCGGACUGGUUUGAGAGCGCCGAAUCAGCCGCCUGGAUCAAGUCUCAGAACCUUGCUUCCCCUCGAGGUCCGGGAAAGGACGCAUCCCUGCCGGCUGCGCCAUCGGACGAGACCGACAAGACUGCCCGAGUGCACCUGGCAUCGAUCCGGAUCGGCAACCGGGACCGACACUACUACCCUAUGCUCAUUUGCGAGUCUUCGAUCUGCCCAAAGUCGUUCAUCUCUCGUCAGCAUGCCAGUCGACUUGUCUCCUCGCAGCAAGGCCUGGGGUCAGACGCAUGCCAGAUCAUUCCGUACGACAAAGCGACAGGCCAGGACGAGGUCUUCCGCGUUGAUCUGUCGCUUCCCUAUUCCGGCACCGACGCUCGCAACAAAGCGCUUUAUGAGAGGGACGCGGGACAUCUCGAGCUUCGAGGCGUGGACUUUGUCAUCGUCGACUCGCUUCGCGUGAUGCCGGGCUUCAAGGCAGGCAUGGCCGACGGCAUGGUCCUGUGCCAGGACAACCUCGAAAGGUUUAUCCUGACGAUCCAGGAGACAGGACGCGACAAGUAUGGCGUCGUCGACCCGACAAGACGGGGCCUCUGCACGUUCCUCCGGCCUUUCUGCCGUCUCGGACACGCUCCGCCCGCCUCUGUCAUUGAGCGUAUGAGCGCUGGUCGCAAGCGCAAGAGCUGGUCGGACAACGAGAGGGGCUCGGGCCGUCACGAUGACAGGCACGGCGCUGCGACGCACCGAGCACCUCAUGCGCUCGCAUCGCGCCUCUCUUAUCACUCUUCGCAGGUGCACGAGUCGCCUGCCAGCAAGAGGAUCAGGAGAAGCUCCGCGGAAGCGAGAGAGACCCGCUCUACGACCCGCGAUGAUGACGAAGAUCCGACUGGUAGACGUCUGCCCGUCACCUACGGCGACCUCGACGAAGAGCAGCGACGCCAGUGCCACAGCAAGACGCAGGCGAUCCAGGAAGAGAUGGAAGAGGCGCGCAGGAGGCUGCGCAGCCAGCACGAGUCACACGGCUUGCCGGCCAGGGCCAUCGGCGUGGAUCACCACGGCAACGUGCGCGACUUUGACCACGAGCAGCCGAGGCAGUUCACGAUCCGAGGUGCCGGCGGCGCCAGCGGCGGCAGCAGCGCUAGCAUGACCGAUACCUGGAUCGCACCGGAGGCGCGCAGCCGGGCAUUGCAUGCCCCGCGAUCCGAGUACGCAUCGUCGUCGUCCCGUCACGAGGCCUCGUCGUUUGGCGAGCAGACGUACGGCUACAAGUCGAACGCGACCGCAGGCCGGUACUGA